AUGUCUAAGUCAGAGUCUCCCAAACAGCCCGAACAGCUGCGGAAGCUCUUCGUUGGAGGUUUGAGCUUUGAAACCACCUAUGAGAGUCUGAGGAGCCAUUUUGAGCCAUGGGGAACGCUCACAGACUGUGUGGUAAUGAGGGAUCCAAACACGAAGCGCUCCAGAGGCUUUGGGUGUGUCACCUAUGCCACUGUGGAGGAGGUGGACGCGGCUAGAAAUGCAAGGCCACACAAGAGGGACAGAAGAGUUGUGGAACCAAAGAGGGCCGUCUCAAGAGAAGAUUCUCAAAGACCUGGUGCCCACGUAACUGUGAAAAAGAUUUUUGCUGGUGGCAUUAAAAAAUACCACACUGUGAAUGGCCACAACUGUGAAGGAAGGAAAACCCUAUCUAAGCAAGAGAUGGCUAGUGCUUCAUCGAGUCAAAGAGGUCGAAGUGGUUCUGGAAACUUUGGUGGUGGUCGUGGAGGUGGUUUUGGUGGGAAUGACAACUUUGGUUGUGGAGGAAACGUCAGUGGUCGAGGUGGCUUUGGUGGCAGCCGCGGUGGUGGUGGAUAUGGUGGCCGUGGGGAUGGCUGUAAUGGAUUUGGUAAUGAUGGAAGCAAUUUUGGAGGUGGUGGAAGCUACAAUGAUUUUGGCAAUUACAACAAUCAAUCUUCAAAUUUUGGACCCACGAAAGGAGGAAACUUUGGAGGCAGAUGUUCUGGCCCCUAUGGCAGUGGAGGCCAAUACUUUGCCAAACCAUGA